UAGGCCCUGAGGCAGUAUCUUGUGAGCUGGUAUGCUUCCUUGUUCAUUACAGGUCAGACAGCACUGCCUUACAUAAAGAGGUUUGACAGCACAGUGUCUUCCUGCCUCACAACAAGGGAACACGCACAGGAGCAACCUUUUGACUCCCAGUACAGCAUGGCAGAGAUUUGAUCUCAAGUUACUGAAUUUACUGGACAAAUAAUUCCCUCAGCUUGUUCUUCAUAGGAGCAAGGAGCCAGCAGGUGUUCACCAUCCAUCCCUCUUUGUGACAUUGAAGUUUGCCAAUCUGUGACAGGGGACCGGUGGACAGCAGGAGGUGAAACCUGAGCUUUGAAUCACCAGGUCCCUGUGGACUGAGGAAACCUAACUUGCAAUGGAAAGCAACCCCUUGGAAGAGCACAGGCCUGGCCUACUGCCAUGGUUUAUUGCAGCAACUCAGAUCCUUGGCCUAGCUGCUGUGGUCAUGACUGGUGUGUGGAUGGGUCACUACGAAGGGGGGUUUGCGUGGGAUGGAGGUGCGCUCCAGUUCAAUGUGCACCCUCUCUGUAUGGUGGUUGGAAUGAUCUUCCUCUAUGGAGACUCAAUCCUGGUGUACCGAGUGUUCAAACAUGAGAACAAAACUACCGUGAAGAUCCUACACACAGCCAUCCACCUGAUUGGAUUGAUAGCCACCAUUGUUGGUUUGGUUGCGGUGUUUCAGUUCCACUCAGCACAGAAUAUACCCAACAUGUACAGUCUACACAGCUGGUGCGGCCUCAUAACUGUCAUUCUCUUCUGCACACAGUGGGUGCUGGGACUGGUGUUCUUCCUGUUUCCUGGUGUGGCCUACUCUCUCCGAGCCUCAUACCGGCCUCUACAUGUCUUCUUUGGCCUUGCACUCUUUGUUCUGGCUAUCGGGACUUGCCUGCUCGGGAUCACUGAGAAACUGCUCUUCUCCAUCAGUGACACCUACUCGAAAUUCGCAGCAGCAGGAGUCAUGGCGAACGUGUUGGGCCUGGUGUUGGUCGGCUUCGGGUUAACGGUUGGUUAUAUCGUGACUCGCAGCGAGUGGAAGCGGGCAGCAAGCCCAGAGGAGGAAGCUCUCUCCAUGCAUUUCAAAACCCUGACUGAGAGGGACAGCCCUGAUUCACCACAGGGAUCAUAAAUGGUCAAACCCAGCACCUACAAGUAGCAGCCUGGUCAUGCUGUGUGAGUGAGUGAGUGUAAAUGACAUGUGCUUUCUUGAUGUCUCACUGUCUCCUUUUGAUCAAUAAAACCCAUGUUGCUUAUUUUCCCUAAUAAUGCAAAGCUGUCUCAAGUCCCCAGUAAACUCUACUUGGGGGUGUAUCAGCAGUUAUCACAUCCCAGAAAAGUAAGAAUUGAAAACUGGAUGAAUUAAAGGAUAACAAUUAAGAUUUUACCUCAGGGAGCCACAGAUACCAGUCUGUUAGGUUGACCUUGUGUGGAAUGAGCUUGAGUAAGUUCAGCCCAAUUCCCAUUGGACCAUGGGAUGAUGGUAACCCCCGAUCAGCUGGAAGGCAGCUGAAGGAACCUCGAAUCAGUGCCGUCCCGAACAAUCCAGACUCUCUGUCCAGAUUGAUGCUAUGGCAAGGGGUAGGAUCAGUGUGGCGUGAGGUUUACGCUGCCAAACCUGGCCUACUUCUUGUUGGCACAAGGUUCUCUGACACCAUCACCCGUUAACUUCACAAGUGUCAAAUUAAAUCUUUGUUAUUAAAUAAUAGGUUAGACUAUAAAAAGUUUUGAAAUAAAUCGGUAGGAUUUAUUAUUAGCCCACUUCCAUUCUGUACCAGCUGCCAUAUAUAAUACCCCAGUGUUGAGAGAGAAUUGGUUAUAUAUAACAUGAGGGUAACCAUUUCAGAGUGUUCUCAUCUCCACACUCCAGGGAAUCGAAAUCUGUACAAACUGCCUUUUAUUGAGUCUAAAAUGUACACAAUUCGCAUCAAUUUAGCAGCAAGACAUCCUGUACCCACAUUCCUGUCUAACUUCCUCUUUGUUACCCAGGACAUCAGUAUGCUAGAAAUCUUCUUUUAUUCUCAUCUCCCCUUCCUCCUGAGGAUUUAUUUCCACUCUUUCUAUUCCAAAAUGUCAAGACUGUGAAAUUCUUCUUCCUCCACUAAUUUCCAGCUUUGAGAGAAUGUGACUUCCUGUCCCCAGCCACCAUGCCCUUACUGUCUUGUUUUUGGCUCCAUGACAAAAUGAUCUUCUCUCCAUGAUCACUUGGAAAAGGAUCAGUAACUGAUGGAAUGAAAGCUGACUGUUAUUAAUUAGCUUUAUUUUCCAUCCCCAAUACCUUGAUCUUUUCAGAGAGUUAAAAAGACCCUUUCUCACAAAACAAUUCCCUUGAUUUAUUUCUGGCUUAAACUGGAGAUUAAACUUUCAUUCCUGGAAAUCAGGACAAGAACCAAGCAGCCGGUAUUUUGAGAACUCUUGGAUAAUAUAUUUCUAUCCCAUCAUUGCUGUUGUCCACCUUGCACUAGCCUUCCUCUGGGGUGAGGGGAGGAGAUUCAGCCUUGGCUGUAACGGUAAGGGAGAGUGGAACAGCCCAGUAUACACCUCCGAUCGUCCUGAUCUACAGCAUGACCAAUGGCCAGGGGGAGAAUGGAAAAUGGGCAUGGGCCAGGAAACCUCUCUGCUUGAGUAUGACUCUGGAACUUUCUGUAGCUCAAAUCUGCCUCUGCUGUUUGGGGGGGCUUUGUUCAUUUUUGCUAGAACACAAAUGUUAGUUAGGCUUACAGUAGAAAGAGUUUUACUCUGCGUCUAACUCCAUGCUGUGCCUGUACUGAGUGUGUUUGUUAGGGACAGUGUCAAGGGAGCUUAACAUCUAGUUAACUUACAGUUUAAGAAAGUAGAGGGAGCUUCACUCCUGUGUCUAACCCUGUGCUGUCUCUAUCCUGGGAGUAUGUGAUGGGGACAGUGUAGAGGGAGCUUCACUCUGUGUCUAACCCUGUGCUGUCCCUGUCCUGAUGAAUGAAUAAGCUGAAAAUGUUGUAUUGCUAGUGAAAGCACAGGAUUUAGUUCAUGUCAGAGACAGCAAUUGGGAUUCAGGCAGUGUCUAGUUGAAGUAUUGUUAUGGAAUAAGUGUAAGGAUAAUAUCGUCCUGCCAGGAUAUCUGCCAGUAAGUGCAACAAUAAUCACCUGGGUCCGUUAGCAUCUGUGGACAGAACGGAGAAGUGAAUGUUUAAAGAACAGAUCCACCGUAGGAUCUGGUUGCAAAGAGCUCAUUCCUGAUCCUGAAAUUGUCUGUCCUCCCCAGAGAGAUGUUCCCUGACCUGCUGGGAAGUUGUUGCAUUUCCUGAGUUCUUAUUUGGAUUGAUAGGACAAUUCCCGUCUGUGUUUAACACUUCUAGAAAACCCUGGGCUAUUUUCAUGUGACUGCAGGACCAGGGCUUUGUGAGCAGAUAGUGAAUGAUAAUAGCAAGCUUGCUUCCACAGUAUGACCUAACCUCUCUGACCAGUGUUCUUCACCAGUGAGGCCACUCACAGAUCCCUGUAUUGCAGACUGAAGGAUACCUCAUGAAGUUUGUUCAUUAUGUUACUGAAUGUCACCUAUUAGAAUUAGGUCAAAGCCAAGAUGAUAUCGACAGUUUACACUGAAACAGAAGGAGAUGGAAGAGGGAAAUCAGCAUCUAUUUGUUCACUUGUGAAUGAUUUCAGUCAGAAUGUGUGUCUGUCAGUUAAGUAUUUGUUUAUUACUUUGCUCUGUAUUAUAUUGUAAGAUUUUAAAUAAAUGUUGCAGCCAAAAUUGA